AAUCUCCUUCCGUUUUGAGGAUUCAACCCGCACCUUUUAAGUUCUUUGUAUUCUUCGGCUGGAGAUAGAGAAUUCAAAGUCGGCGAUAGAGAAUUACCAGCGCGACUCCGGUUAUUCAAAGUCGGCGAUAGAGAAUUACCAGCGCAACUCCGGUUUGAGAUGGAGGCGGACAGGUACACUUGAACUCCGGUUUCCCGAAUUUUCGAUUCAUUUGUUCAAAUGUUUGAUUCGCGAGAUCAUGAGUAACGAGACUGUUAGGUUAGGAUUCAUGGACAAGCUAUUUGACACUGAUUAUCGUUCUUCCUUCUCAGUCCCAUGGGUUUAUUUUGGUCUCUGGUUCGACUUUGAUUUUUAGCUUUUUUUGUUAAAUUUGGUGUCUGUGAAGAAUCAUUCUUUAUCAUGUCCUCUUUAUAUCUUAAUCAUGAAGUUUGACUCAACGGAUUUGAUGUUUGGUGACUAUGUUUUGAUGUUUAUCUCUGUUUGAUGUGUAUGUUUUGAUUUUUAACUUUUUUUUUUGUUAAAUUUGGUGUCUACGAAGAAUCAUUCUUUAUCAUGUCCUCUUUAUAUCUUAAUCAUGAAGUUUGGCUCAACGGAUUUGAUGUUUGGUAACUAUGUUUUGAUGUUUAUCUCUGUUUGAUGUGUAUGUUUUGAUGGCUACUAGGUUCUGAUUUUGUUUUGGUUCUGAUAGAGAGUUUUGGUUUUGGUUCUGUGAUUGAAAGUGAUAUUCUAGGAUUUUGAUUUUUGGUUUGAAUUUUGAUUUGAAUUUUGAUUUUGAUUUUGAUUUUUGAUUUUUCUUUCCCCAAUAAAUUCGUGUUGGUUUGAAUUUUGUUUUUGAAUUUUGAUAUUUUAGAUCGGUUCCAGUUGCUAAACCGAAACUCUUCUUCCCUCCAACCUCUUUCAAUAAGACAUGUAAAAUCAGUUCAAUGUCUUCUCCCGACAAGACUGUUCCAUACUUAUGGAGUAAACUUUCUGAUUGGGAAAUUAGCUGGUUUUUGAAACACCCUCAGUUUAAACACAUUUUCGAUAGGCCUAGGGAGAGGUUUCAUAAAUGCAAGGGAAUGUGGAGUUUAGUUCUCCGUACUGUUAAUAUGAAGAAGAAGCAGAACGAGUUAUGGUUUGUUGUUAAUGGUGUCCCUAUUCGAUACUCGAUUAGGGAACACGCGUUAAUUACCGGACUAGAUUGCAGAAAGCUUCCAGAUAAUUAUGAGGAAGAAUUAGAGAAAAAAUUUGGUGGUGAUGGAUUUAUUAACAAGUACUUUAAAGAGGGAGAUAAGAUAUCUCUCGAAGCUGUGUUUGAAAAACUACAGUCGAUGGAGGAAGUAGAAGGUGAUGAUGAUAGAUUGAAAAUGGCAGUAUUAUACUUCCUGGGAUCCGUGAUCAAUCCAAAGAAGAAAAAGAGUGCAAAGAUAGACUCUUUCUUGGUAAAUAUUGUCAGUGAUUUGGAAUUAUGUAAGAGUUUUCCGUGGGGAACCUUCACGUUCAUUCAUUGUAUAGACAAUAUUCGUCGAUGGAUAAAAAUGUUCAAGAGUAAACCGAAAUCUUCAUGGACUAUUCCCGGCUUCACUAUUGCAAUUGAGAUUUUAGCUUUUGAGUGUAUUCAACCACUCAAAAGCAAAUUUCGAGAAAACGUAGACCACAGAGACAAUGGAUGUCCACGUAUGUGUCGGUCGAAAUUCAAACACACAGGUGACACGGGAUAUUCACUGGACGCGAUAUACGAAGCAAUUGGAACUACGAAGGAGAUUCUGAGUUUUUUGGUCCCUAAUCCGGAGGAGCAACAUCUUUUAGCUAACAUCUUUAUUGACGAGGAAGAUACUGACUCGGUGGCUGACUCUUGGAACGACCUUCUAACGCAGCAAAACAAGGUGCUAUUUUGGAAUGAUCUUUAUGAGGAAGAUCAGUCGAACAGAGAAAUUGUAGAAUCAACCAAGACAACCAAGAGAACAAACAACCCCAGAGGCAAGAAAAGAAAAGGAAGUGAUAAAGAGCUAAGAGAUUUGCGGUUACAAGUUGGUGGCUUAAAAAAACGGAUGGUGGCUGUAGAAGCAUUGUGUCCUAAUGGAGCAAGGGCUACUGGUGCGAAAAAUAAUGAUGACAUGAAUCAAGAAGAGCACAGGGAGCACGAAGAAGAAGAUGCCCUGCACAUGACUCAAGUAGCGACCCUGAAUGAUCCCAGUGAGCACGAAGAAGAAGAUGUUGAUAAUGGUAAUUAUGUCGAGUUCGAGGAGUCACAGCCUCAAUCUUCUCCUUUUCAGACUGAAGAGAUCGCAAAGCUUAAGGAGUCCAAGAAGAAGGCAGAGAAGCCACUACCUCCAUCUCAAGUGGUAAAUGAGCCUUUCAAGUGCAACUUGAUCAACCAUAAUGGAAAUAAUGAUGUUGUUGCAAUAGGAUGUUGCUAUCCAAGCCGUGGAUUUCUCCACAAUGUACCCGUGAAGCCUGAUGAAGUUGUUGUGACAGUGUCUGAGGUCAAGAUAGACAUACGUCUUUGGGCACCAGUAGAUGACAUUGCGAUGCUAAGAAAUGCAAUUAGCCAAUUCAUUGUCUGGCCAAAAAAAAUGGUAGUACAUUAUGAGGAGGAGAAAUCAGAGGAUCAAAUUGAGAGGAAUUCUAAAACAAAACAGCAAAUGGACGAGAACGGACGGGAACGGACGAGGAAGAAGAGCGGGUACAGACGGGUUCUAGUGGAAAUGGAUCAGAAGAUGUGCCGGUUGAGAAAAAGCUACGUGUCUAUGUUAGAAAACGAGUUGUUUUCAAGCCGACCGCACCCAGGAAACGAAAUCCACCCAGGACAGGAAAUCCAGAGAAAUCCAUAUAUGGACGCCAAUAUGUGA